UCUCUCUUUCUCUCUCUCUCUCCCGGGCGGGUCCCGUGAUGGCUGGCGGGGGCGCCGCGGCUGCGGUCGCGCUCUCUCUCUCUCUCGCCGCGCUCCCGGCUGCCGUCGCCGCUUCCUCCUCCUCCUCCUCCUCCGGACCCGCGGGCAGGCGCCGAAGCAGCAGUAGCAGCAGCAGCACCCGCUGGGCCGCCAUGGCCGAGGAGGAGAGCGCAGAGGAGUCCCCCGGCGAAGAAGGGUCAGGAUGGUUAUCCAGUUGGCUGCCUGCAUGGUGUCCUACAUCACUGGUACAUCUUAAAGAUGCUGAAGAGAAAAUAUUGAAAUGUAUCACAAGUACAUACAGUAAACAGUAUGUCUUCAUAUCCAAUGGAAAUAAAAUAUGGACGCUAAUGUUCUCUCAGAACCUUUCACAGAAAACUCCACUUGUUCUUCUCCAUGGGUUUGGAGGUGGUGUUGGACUCUGGGCUCUGAACUUUGAAGACCUUUGUGAAAAUAGGACUGUGUAUGCAUUUGAUCUCUUGGGAUUUGGACGCAGUAGUAGGCCACAGUUUGAUACUGAUGCUGAAGUAGCAGAAAAUCAAUUUGUAGAAUCUAUUGAAGAAUGGCGACGGAAAAUGGGAUUGGACAGAAUGAUUUUACUUGGACAUAACCUGGGUGGAUUCCUGGCAGCAGCUUACUCACUGAAAUACCCAUCAAGAGCAAAGCAUCUAAUAUUAGUGGAACCAUGGGGAUUUCCAGAAAGACCUUCUAGUGCUGAACAUGAAAGGGCUAUUCCAAUCUGGAUCAAAGCACUUGGAGCAGUUUUGAGUCCAUUUAAUCCAUUGGCUGGUCUCAGGAUAGCAGGACCGUUUGGAUUGAGUCUUGUACAGCGUAUUAGGCCAGACUUCAAAAGAAAGUAUUCUUCCAUGUUUGAUGAUGAUACAGUUACUGAAUAUAUCUACCACUGUAAUGUGCAGUCACCAAGUGGCGAAACAGCUUUCAAGAACAUGACAGUUCCAUAUGGAUGGGCAAAAAGGCCAAUGCUGCAGCGAAUUGCCCAUAUGCACAAAGACAUUCCUAUCACUGUGAUUUAUGGAGCACGGUCGUGUAUAGAUGGCAAUUCGGGGACCACGAUCCAGUCUCUGCGACCGAAUUCUUAUGUCAAAACAAUAGCUAUCCUUGGUGCAGGUCAUUAUGUUUAUGCUGAUCAGCCAGAGGACUUCAACCAGAAAGUAAAAGAGAUAUGCAAUUCCAUGGACUAAUAGGAUUUUGUUAUUGUGAAUGAGAGCCACAAUUACAAUUCAAAUCAACACUUUGGUAGUAUAAUAUGAAUGUUAAAAUUUACUGAUUUUUUAAAAAUAGAUUUUAUUUCCACCAUUUCUUUCAAAUGUUUGCACACUUUAAACCAUGCAGUGCCUUUUGCGGGAAUUAGGGAGAUGUUAAAAAAAAUUGUACAUUUUAGUUUGAUGCUGUCCUUUAUAUAUUUAGAUAAAAGAUUUGUAACUAUGUAUGCUCAACACUACAUUUUAAAACUGGAUUCUUAACCAUUGAUUCUGAAAAAUGUAGAGCAUUAAAAUUCCUUUAAUAUAUAUUCUUACAAAAUUGUGAAUGAAAUUUCAGUUUGCUUUCUUCUGCUUCUAUAUAUUGCAAUCUCUUUGAUCUCUUUUAAAAAUUUAAAAAUACUUUACAUUUGUUUUUCUUUUAUGUCAGACUAUCUUUACAUUUUGUUGUACCUUAUGAAGUGGUCCUUGCCAAAAUAAUCAACAUUGGUAAACAGCCAGAAAAAGCAAACGUAACAAGAGUUAAAAAAAGACGGAGUAAUGCUGAUUUUUUUUUUUUUUGCCCCCUGAAUUGGAAUGUUGGUUGUUCAUUCCAGUAACUAUUGUUGUAUGUUCAAUUUCCUUAGGGAUUUAAUUCUGUAAGAUGUUAACGUUUUAAAGACAUAUACAAGUCCUGUGGAUUUGAAGACUAAAUACCUUCAGAGUUGUAUAACCUAUUCAUUUGGUGACAAAGUUAUUGCAAGAUCUAUUGCAAACUCUAAUUUUUGCAUGUUGUUAAUCCAUAUUUAAUACUGGGACAACAUAGUCUCUGUGAUAUUUGUAAUGCUUGGAUGAAUAUUUGUUUGGGUUUUUUUAAAAAAAACACUGGAAGAAAAGCUUACACUGUCAAAUCCCAGGUUUUCUCAAAGAAGGCAUCUUAGAUUGAGUAAUAAUCAAAAAAUAAAUCAAGAAACCUAAGAUGUUGUUGAUAUAAAAUGUGUGAUUUUAUGCUUUUUUGUUGAAAAAAAUAAGAGUUUUUUAGGCUUUUGUUUUUAAGAGAAGUGAAUUUGUUAUCAACCUAAAGGUAAACUGAGUGGUUUAUAAACAAAAUAAUUUAUUGGUUAUAUAUAGUAACUUACUGGUCAGCCUUUGAACGCUGAAUAUAACUACUGAAUCUUUGCUAUUUCUUACUAAUUAUUGAAGAUGAGUUAUUUUGCUAUCUCUUGAAAAUGCAGUCUCAGGCAGCAUUUCAAAAAUGGGAAGUGUUCCCUCUGCAAGUGAGAUAUACUAUUUUGGUGCUGUUGUAAUUUGAACAGUCACUGUAACAAUAGUGUAAAAUGUAUGCUAAAUAUUGGCAAUAUUGUGCAGUUCAGCACUGCAUAGUAAAGAACUAUGUUUGGAAUUAAAA